CUGGUUUUCUUGACCUCGGGGUUGGAUUCCGAUGCCGAACUUUCGCACUUGGGAUUUUCGCCGGUCAGGGCGGGAUUAAGCGGAAAUGGCAAAUUAAAGAAUCAAAUCAAAGAAACCAAAAUUCGGCGUAUAUGCCCUUCUCUCGCAUUGAUUAGGCAGCAUCCCUCGACUUAGCUUCGCGCGACGACAGAGGCUCCUCCCCCGGAGCAAAUGUAAGUCUGGAACGGGGAAGGGAAGGAAAGGAAGAGGGAGCGACCGCUAGAUAGAUAGAGAGAGAGAGGGGGCAGGCUCUGCCAAAUGCACGAGGGAAUGAGAGGGACCGAACCCUAAACCCUUGGUGGUGGUGGUGGUGGUGCAGUCUGUGGAGGGCUGCCAUCUAAAAUGGAAGAUGUCGCUGCGUGUCGGACUGAGAAUCCGCGACGAGGCCCAUCACGACAGAAGAAGAUAGACCCUUGUUCCGAUACGCCUUAACUCUCGAGGCUCGUACAUUGGACGAUACGGUAGCGCUCUCCUCUCCAGGUAAACGCACUCUCCGGUCGCCCUGCUUGGCUUGGCUUGGCUUUCCUUUGCUUUGCACGCUGGGCUUCUCUCGCACCCGUCUACUGUAACCAUUGCAGCGGAGGGAGGGAGGGCGGGCGAGCGGGCAAGUGGGUCGUGCAAAGGAAAUCUGGCACACGGAGGUAGGGGAUCGAAGUGAGCGUGGGGAAAAUGCAGAUAAUGAAAAAGUGUUGUUGGGUUUCAUGAAUAUUUAGGGUUUUGUAGGAACUCGGGAGAGAGGGGAGUGAGUUGGAACGACGAGGAUUUUAAUUGUCCGACAUAGCCAUCGGAUGCGGGAUUUUUUUGAUUCUUAGUUACAUCUGUCUGAAGACAGUUUGGACGAUUGGAGUAGGACCGCUAGGCCGGCCGCUCUGUAAAAAUAUAAGCCAGUGCCAUUGUCAGUCUUCGAAUUUGCCAUGGCGGGAUUAACCUACACCAGCACGAGUCUCAACACGAGGAGCUCGCUGCUGCACCACUGCGCCGAUGUUUUUGCAAGCUCGGACUCGGCGAUGCAGUCCCACGCUCAGCCUGGUGUGAGGGUCAUGAACAUGCAUUCGUUGAGAGGGUCUGCCUCUGGACCUAGGAGGCAAAGAGCUUCGUCUCAAAACUCAUUGCUGAGUUCAUUUCCUUGGCGUAAGGUCGCGUCGUGUGUGGCCGGAGUAGCGUCAGGAUUCAGUUCAGUGUCCGCCAUAUCGAUUCUGGGUGGAGGCAAUGGUGGAGGUUGGGGUGGAGAGGGUGGCGGUUUUGGGGGCGGUGGUGAUGGGAGUGGAGGAAAUGGAUGGCGGUCUGUCUUCGACAAUGGUAUGGCAUUUGCAGAUGGAAGGAACGACGAAUCCGAGCAGUUCGAUUCGCACGGUCUGCGAGUAGAUAUGAGGGUGCACAUCACAAAGCUGAACCCCAGCAAAAAGUAUAAGGUGUCUGGGGUAGAGUUGGUAGAUAAGCGGACGAAGCAGGCUGUGAGCUCGAAGGAUCCCUUUUAUGAGUUGGUGACUCUGCGCCCUGGAGGCAUUGCAACGAAGGCACAGCUGGAAUCCGAAGUUGAGAAUCUGCUGAACUGUGGGAUGUUUCAGACCGUGGAAAUGGAGGGAGUAACUCAAGCUGAUGGCAGUUUGAAGAUGCAAAUUUCUUUCGUGGAGAGUCAGUGGCAGCCUGCAGACUCUUUCAGGUGUGUGAACGUGGGUUUGCUCUCUCAGAGCCGGAUGCCCGACAGCGAGGCGAGUAUGACUGACCAGCAGCGUGAGGAGAUGGCGAAGAUCCAGGAGGAGGAGUAUAAGACCAGGUUGCGCCGUGCCAGGCCGUGCAUGCUCCCCAAGAUUGUGGAGAGAGAAAUUUCAGGAUGGUUGCGUACUGAAACCAGGGUCACUGCCCGCAUGCUGCAAAGGAUAAGAGACAGGGUUCAGAGAUGGUAUCACGAAGAGGGUUACGCAUGUGCGCAAGUGGUUAAUUUUGGAAAUUUGAAUACCAAUGAAGUUGUAUGCGAAGUUGUGGAGGGAGAUAUCACUAAACUCCAGAUUCAGUUUUUGGACAAGAUGGGCACUCCUUGCGAGGGCGUCACUAAGAUGCAGAUCAUCGGGCGUGAGCUACCGGACCAGCUGAGACCUGGGCAGGUUUUCAACAUAGAGGCUGGUAAGAAGGCUCUGAGGAAUGUGAAUGGGCUCGCUUUGUUUUCCAACAUUGAGGUGAACCCAAGACCAGACGAGGAGAGUGAUGGUGGAAUCGUAGUUGAGGUGAAGCUGAAGGAACUUGAGCAGAAAACUGCCGAAGUCAGCACUGAGUGGAGUGUGGUACCAGGAAGCUCUGGGCGACCAACACUGGCGUCCAUUCGACCGGGUGGAAGUGUGACUUUCGAGCACCGGAACUUGUAUGGCUUGAACCGCUCCAUUCUCGGUUGUGUGACAUCCAGUAAUCUCUUCAAUCCUCAGGAUGACCUAGGAUUCAAGGCCGAAUACGUACACCCUUACGUUGAUGGAGUAGAUGACCCUCGUAACCGCACGUUCAAAGCCAGUUGUUUCAAUAGUCGAAAAUUAAGUGCUGUUUUUACUGGUGGCAACGGACAAGAGGAGGUACCUGCAAUCUGGGUCGACAGAGCCGGUUUCAAGGUCAACCUGACUGAGAACUUUACUCGACAAAGCAAAUUGACUUAUGGGAUGGUGGUGGAAGAAGUGACCACAAGAGAUGAGACGAGCGCCAUCUGUACCAGUGGUGCACGAACUUUACCCAGUGGGGCCCUGUCCAUGGAAGGCCCUCCAACUACCCAUAGUGAUACCGGGAUUGACCGAGUUGCCUUUUUGCAAGGUAACCUCACCCACGAUAAUACUCGGUUUGUAAAUGGAACUCCUGUUGGGUCUCGCAAUAUCUUUCAGUGGGAUCAAGGUUUAGGAAUCGGCAGCAAGUUUCCUUUCUUCAAUCGCCAUCAGAUUACUUUCACUAGGUUUCUUCAACUCCAACCCGAAGAUACGAAGGACCAACUUAAACCACCUCCGGUGUUGGUUCUUCACGGUCGAUAUGGCGGAUGUUUGGGAGAUCUUGCCACUUAUGAUGCAUACACUCUGGGCGGCCCUUACUCCGUAAGAGGGUACAACAUCGGGGAGCUUGCAGCAUGUCGACAAUUUUUGGAAUUGGCUACGGAGCUGCGUAUUCCAAUCAACAAGACUCAUGCUUACGGCUUUUUGGAGUAUGGAUCUGACCUUGGAAGCUCCAAGGAUGUGAGAGGGAAUCCAACCGAGUUUUUCAGACGUGCUGGUGGCGGGGCUUCUUACGGAGUCGGUGUAAAGCUGGGUUCUAUCAGGGCCGAGUAUGCUCAAGAUUGUAAUGCCGGUAGUGGUUCCUUGUUUGUAAGAUUUGGAGAGAGGUUCUAAGUUAUCAACGUUUUUGUAGUUUUCCAAGUAAUUUAGAAGGUUGUCUGAAGAGUAAGUAGGAUAGAUUUCCAAGGGUUUAUGGAACGUCUGGGGAGUAGAGUUUCACAGUUUCAUUACCUUGCCGAGCAGGAACAUUUUUCCCAUUGCAGAGUGCGUGAUUCUUUGUAUGAAAACUAAGAAGCAUCAGAGAAGUUAGCUGAUCUCUUUCUUGCUGAUCCAUGCCGAUCCAUGCUGAUCCAUGUAGUAUUAUGUCAUUCCAUUCCCUCCCAGCCCAUUAGUUUCUGCUUGAAAUUGUAUUAGAAUUACACCAUUCAUCCUCCUACUGAAGGAUGCGAGGUUUGUGGGCAGUAGGAAGAAGAACCAAAGAAUUUUAUCCAAGUGGAGUUUCGUAAUCAGUAGUGUUGGGCACCCUAGGUUCCGGUCUGUAGGGCUGUUUGCCAUCGGGUGUUCGAGCCUGUUGCAGCUCUCAUUUGCAACGUUUCCGGAUCUUGGAAGUUGCGUAGGCCCUUUUCAUUCAGUUCAGUCGCAUAUAAAGAAAUAAGGUGCUGCUUAACAAGGUAACUUCUGGCAGAUGGUAUGCAAUGCAAUGUUGGAGUGGCUACUCUUAUUUUUGAAAUUGUUCGAAAUCUGGAUAAGCGCCGAAGGUCUGAGUGUACUGGCCGUUUGAACCGCUCAGUCCUUUGAAGUAUAUUUUUUU